CCCUCGCUGCAGCGCUUCCGCCACCCGCAGACGCACGUGGACAUCGCCGGCCCGUCGGGACGCGCUGGAUAGCGAAGCUUCUGCGGUUUGGCGGGCGGGCGGCACGGCCCGGCCGGGGUCCUUGCGGGUCCUCGACCGGCCCGGGGGAGGGCCCUCUUUGUGGCUGCAGUUGGCAAGAUGGCGCCGGUGGGGGUGGAGAAGAAGCUGCUGCUGGGCCCCAAUGGGCCAGCGGUGGCGGCCGCCGGCGACCUAACCAGUGAAGAGGAGGAAGGCCAGAGUCUAUGGUCUUCGAUCUUGAGCGAAGUGUCCACCCGCUCCAGGUCCAAGCUGCCGUCCGGCAAGAACAUUCUGGUGUUCGGAGAAGAUGGUUCUGGUAAAACAACUCUCAUGACCAAACUACAGGGAGCAGAGCACGGCAAAAAAGGAAGAGGCUUGGAGUAUCUUUACCUCAGCAUUCACGAUGAGGACCGGGAUGAUCACACCCGCUGCAAUGUGUGGAUCUUAGAUGGAGACCUCUACCACAAAGGCCUGCUGAAAUUCGCAGUUUCCGCUGAGUCUUUGCCGGAGACCUUGGCCAUUUUUGUUGCAGACAUGUCUAGACCUUGGACUAUGAUGGAAUCUCUACAGAAGUGGGCUAGUGUUCUACGUGAGCACAUUGACAAGAUGAAAAUUCCACCAGAGGAAAUGAGGGAUUUGGAACGAAAAUUUAUGAAAGAUUUUCAAGAUUAUAUCGAGCCUGAAGAAGGUUGUCAGGGUUCCCCACAGAGAAGAGGGCCUCUGACCUCAGGCUCAGAUGAAGACAAUGUUGCCCUCCCUCUGGGUGACAAUGUGCUGACUCAUAACCUGGGGAUCCCAGUGUUGGUGGUGUGCACAAAGUGUGACGCAGUGAGCAUCCUGGAGAAAGAGCAUGAUUAUAGGGACGAGCACUUCGACUUCAUGCAGUCACACCUGCGGAGAUUCUGCCUCCAGUAUGGAGCUGCUUUGAUUUACACCUCAGUGAAGGAAGAGAAAAACCUUGACUUGCUGUAUAAGUACAUUGUUCAUAAAACAUAUGGCUUCCACUUUACCAUACCCGCCUUAGUUGUGGAAAAGGACGCAGUUUUUAUACCUGCAGGCUGGGAUAAUGAAAAGAAAAUAGCUAUUUUACAUGAAAAUUUUACAACCGUGAAGCCAGAAGAUGCAUACGAAGAUUUUAUUGUAAAGCCUCCUGUGAGAAAGCUGGUCCACGACAAAGAGUUGGCAGCAGAGGAUGAGCAGGUGUUCCUCAUGAAACAACAGUCACUCCUUGCCAAGCAGCCUGCCACGCCCACAAGAACCUCCGAGUCUCCUGCCAGAGGACCCUCUGGUUCUCCAAGGACCCAGGGUCGGGGUGGACCAACUAGUGUGCCAAGCGCAUCCCCAGGAACAUCAGUAAAGAAACCAGAUCCAAACAUCAAAAAUAAUGCAGCAAGUGAAGGGGUAUUGGCCAGCUUCUUUAAUAGUUUGCUGAGUAAAAAAACAGGCUCUCCUGGAAGUCCUAGUGCUGGUGGAGUGCAGAGCACAGCCAAGAAGUCAGGACAAAAGACUGUGUUGUCAAAUGUUCAGGAAGAACUGGAUAGAAUGACUCGAAAGCCAGACUCCAUGGUAACAAACUCUUCAACAGAAAAUGAAGCCUGAUCCUCCUUUAAAAGUGCAUAUGUCAAAUGACCAAAUAACUAUGUAUAUUCAUCUGAUAAGACCAGGAUUUUUCUGAUACAGCACAUGCUAUCAGUUUUUUUGGGUAGGGGAGAUGAACUUUUAAAAGAAAUAUAUAUACUUCAUUGGCUUGUCCGAGUGUGAAAUGCACAUUUAGGAAGGUUACAUGUCAGGCCCCUUGUUAGGGAUGUCCCUUGGACCUUGGGCUGCGGUUCUCUUGUGGGAAGCAAGCGCAGCUGGGCUUCUUUUAGAGUGGAAAAGGGGGCCCACUUAUUAUCAGGGUGGAGCAAACGAGACUAGUAAGUCAUUGAUCAGAUGGUCAUAGUUUGACCACUUGCGUGUUCUUGGGAAGCAGAUUAAGUAGCAGAAAGUCAGGGAAGAGAAGUGUUCAGGAGGGAUGAAAGAAGUGCUGGUGGGGAAGCCGAAGGUUGAGAGAGGUGGAAGGAGGAAGUGAGUGGCAUUAACUACGUGCACGGUAGAAGUCAAAUAGCAUCCUUUAAGACUUAACAAUUAGAAGUAUUUCCAAACUAAACACUAAACAGAAUGGGAAUUGGACUUGUUCUGAAUGCACCUUUAAUUUUGGGAAGUGUGUUUUGUGUGGGGUACCUGAGGAAGGUAGAACUGACACAGGGAUGCUGAAAUGGCAGCUGCCCAGGACCCACAUGCUUGGCCCAGGCCAUGUCCUUCUGUCGUUGGAGAAAUGCUGGGUCUGUGCAUAUAUAAGCUGGGGCAGGUAGUUGCUAUGGUUGUGUUCGAAGUCAGCAGAUACAAAAUUAGUUUACUUUGAAUUAGAUAUUUCGAAUAGCUCCUGCUUUAUUUUAUUUUUUUUAAAUUAUUAUUUUUAACUACCACAGGCUGGCCAACUAAUAGAAAAUGGGUGAUUGAUCUCCCAUUUUACCAUAAUGGCAGUGUGCUAUAUGAAGUUUGGGGGAAGUAUUUAGUGUCAUUGCAUUCUGGUUAAUAAGCUUGUUCCAAUUUCUGCCUUAGAGUCUGUGGUAACCUUCACUGAUACAAAAAGGUUCUUUCUGUGGCUCUGGUCUGAUCACUGCUACCAGACCAACAAGGAAGUGCUUUAAUUGAAAAUGGAAGUGACAGAUUUGUGUUGUCAUAAGAUGUAGCACUUCUUUUCUUAUGGAAGUGGGAGUUUUGUGUGUCUUCCAUUUAGGGGCAUAUUCGUGCCCACCACCAUGUCACCCCAUUCUGAGAAUGUCUUCUGUGGGUUUGAAAUAGCACUUUGAGUUUCUUUGUGACACAGCACAUGUAAUGCAAACACUACCAUGACUUUAAUGUAUAAAACAUUUGUUGUCCAAACCAAGGGGAAAACCACAGUUCACUUCCGUGGAGUUUACUUUUUUAUAUGAAUGUUUGUUACAGUGUGUCUCGGCAUAGUGUCCCUAACGCCAUUACUUUACUUGCAUACCAGACUUGACUAACCACUACUGUAGUGCUGGGCGUAAGUUAACAUCUAGUUUAUGACGAGGCUCCGCGGCUGUCUGGAGUCACUUUGUAAAGCUCUGAACACUGUUAAGGAGAAAGCUGAGUGCUUACUUGCCCCUCUAACAACAAAAAGAUGUUUCUUGUGCCCGUUUUACUGUUGAAAUAUAUAAGUUUUUCCUUUUUUAAUUCAGUUUUUUGUUGUUAUUAUUUUGGGGUUUUUAUUUUGUUUUUGUUUUUUUUAACAUGCAUUGUUGCUUCAAGUUACCAGGUUGUCCAGGCAGUGACAGUGAACGGAGGGCGUGUAAGUGAGGUGCUGACCUAUAGCUGGUCCCUCUAAAGGUAGGGCCACUUAAUCUCUGCAGCAGCCGGGGCAAAAAGAAAGACCUCAGAAACAAGGAAUUCUCGGAAAGACACUUGCCUAAUAGUGUAAUUUUUAAAAUUUUGAUGCGAAAUUUUAAAUGUAUCAUUGAAUGGUGAAGCACUUUUGUGUUGAUGUAAAACAUGCUAAAGCCAAUCAAUGAGUGCUGAGGCCUGGUCCGGAGAAGGUUCUGGAGACCACUGCUACUUGUUUGACACUUGGGAGGAGCUGGUGCAUGUUGCCAAAGUCUACCAGCUUUGGGGAGCUUCAGGGUUCUUUUAGGGUUUGAGGAAAUGAGGUGAUUUUUGUUAUUUUAGGAUUCUUAAGCAUCGGAACCAAAGGCCAAAUAGUAAACAACCUUCACUUUUUAAAGUAAAAUUAAUUUUAUUUGCAGAAAACACUUAUAUGGUAGACUGUAAAAAACAACUUUAUGACUAUUUAUACAUAUUAUAGUGAUUACCUCUUUGUCUUUAGAUGGAUAAUUUUCAAUAAGCCCAACCCAGAUGAGGGCUAUGAAUUGGUCUUUCCUAAAAAUCCAACAGAUAAUGCUGCUAGAUGAUUUUAUUUGCACUUUUUUUCUUCUUCUUCUUUUUUUUUUUUUUUUUGAAAAAAAAAAAAAAAGACAGGGUUUUUCUAUAUAGUCCUGGCUGUCCUGGAACUUGCUCUGUAGACCAGGCUGGCCUCCAGUUCAGAAAUCCACCUGCCUCUGCCUCCCAAGUGCUAGGACUAGAGGUAUGUGCUACAAUGUCCAGCUACACCUCUUUUAUUACUAUUAUUGGCAUUUUAAAAACCAGUAUUUAAACUGAAGAGACUGUUUUCUUAACUUGAUGAAGUUGAAAGUGACUGCUCUGUACGUCAUGACCUAACAAUGUUGAUGCUGUAAGUGAAAGUCUGCUGUUUUCUCUCUGCUGAGUUCAUGAGUGCAGUGAUCUCCCACUAGCCUGAGUCCAGGGUGUGGCGCUCUCUGGGUGCAGUAUGCAGUCAUGUGGAGCCUUGCUUUCUAGUGCUGGGAAGAUGUCUAAUUACUGGCUUCAAUAAACAUGAAUCCAGACUGCUCA